UCCCGGGGGGGCUCCUGCCUUGCAGCCAACUCACGUCUCCUGUCUCUUCUCGUCCUCUUCUUCCUUCCUCCCCCCUCCUUCGCUCCUUCCCCAAUCGCGGAUUCCCUCGGUAGAUCCGGCCGCGGCAGGCGCACGGGCGGCGACGGUCUCGCGCGGCGGCAGGCAGACAAAGGCGGCGGCAGCAUGGGGCUCUGGGACUCGCUCCUCAACUGGCUCCGAAGCUUGUUCUUUAAGCAGGAGAUGGAACUUUCCCUGGUUGGCCUACAGAAUGCUGGGAAGACAUCUCUAGUCAAUUCAAUCGCUACAGGUGGCUACAGCGAGGACAUGAUUCCAACUGUGGGCUUCAACAUGCGGAAAGUCACGAAGGGAAAUGUCACCAUUAAACUUUGGGAUCUUGGAGGGCAACGGAGAUUCCGAACUAUGUGGGAGCGUUAUUGUCGUGGAGUUUCUGCUAUUCUAUAUGUUGUCGACGCUGCUGACCGAGAUAGCGUUCCGAUAGCAAAAAGUGAAUUGCAUGACCUGCUGACGAAACAGUCUUUAGCUGGGAUUCCUUUACUUAUCCUUGGCAACAAAAUUGACAAGUCAGAAGCACUUUCUAAGCAGGCAUUAGUCGAUCAACUAGGUCUGGAGUCUAUAAAGGACCGUGAAGUUUGCUGCUACAUGAUCUCUUGCAAGGACACCGUGAACAUAGAUGUUGUCAUCGAUUGGCUUAUCAAGCAUUCUAAAACAGCGAAUUAGGGCGGUUGUGUGUUGUGUGCCCCUUCAUGUGUGCUGAGGUGAAUUUUGUUUGUACCUCUCCAGUGUCAUGAUCCAGAAGAUGUCAACCUUGUAAUCUACUGUACAUCUUUGGUGUGUGUUGCGAACAGCAUGGGGUCUAGUACUUGAGCCUGAAACUCUUGUAUUACUUUGUACAUACCUAUAAUCUUUGAUUAUUCUUUGGUGUGAAUGUUAUUUUUUGUUGUCUUA